UGCCACGUCAUAAUAGUUUUUUUCAAAUGAGGCAAAGCUCUGCGUUUCAGGAAGGGAGUCGUUCAAUCAGACUUGCGGCGUGUUCUCUCCCAAACUCUCUCGAGAGAGUCGCGCAAGUGGAGACGUCCCAGCUCCUCCAUAAGGGGAACAGUCAAAUGGGCCCUCGACAAUGUCGAGUCUGCAAUGAAGCACAAUCAAAAUACAAGUGUCCCUCAUGUCUAGCACCUUAUUGUUCUGUGGUGUGUUUCAAGAGGCACAAAGAAAUCCCAUGUGCUAAGCCGGUAUCUUCUGAGGAAAAGUCAACUCUCAAUCCAGAAUCGCACGUAGAGAGACCAUUAAAUGUUGAAGAACCAGAUGAUGUGCUACAAAAGUUGCAACUUGAGGCUAUAGCUUCUUCUGUUGAAAUCUGUGAUGCUUUGAAGGAUGAAAACCUGCAGAAAAUCAUCCGCAAUAUUGAUUGUUCCCCAGAUGCUGAGAAUGAACUUGAGAAAGCAAUGGGAGUGGAGGUGUUUCGCAUAUUCACCGACAAGAUUCUAUCUAACAUCAACCCGUAGCUCCAACUAGCUAUAACUGGAGGAAGAAGAUGAAAUUUUUCCAGGAAGUUGAAGAUUCUACAAAGCCAGCAGUUUGUUAAAUCAACUUCUGGUUUGACCUUAAAUCUAGCUUCUUCAAUCCGGCUGGCAGCUAGUACAUCCCUUGCUCCGUGAGUGCCACUUCAUGCAAGUCUAUUGGUAUGAGUCCUCUGGUGUAAUAUAUAGUUUAAGAAGUACAUUUCAAGUUUCAGUUUUUCUGUACAAAUAGUAGAUGCAAUAGGAGCAAAACCGCUCCAAUUUCUUUGCCUUUUCAGUCAUCACUGUCUGUGUGGACUUUGAGACUUCA